AUGCCCAUUCACUUGUCGUACAUCCCCUAUGUCCCCGACAAAAGCCGGUCGCGGAACGACUAUGAGCUCCUUCGGUCCAAAGCACGCUCACACGCUGCCAAGUUCAGGCAUCGAAACAAUGCCAACACGAUUGUCUUGAACAAGCAUUGCUGGUCUGCACCGACAUAUCCGCAUUAUCUCGGACACCGGGGCGCCGAAACGGCUCCCAGCAAGCAGAAUGGAUGGGGUCCAUCGUACGACGGAGACAACCUGUGUUCCCACUCGCCUCGAAUCCGGAUCGAGCAGCUGUUGGCAGAAGAGGAGCAGGAUACCAAGACAAUGAGCAUUGGGCGACUUGUGGCCCCAGACAACGACACCAACCGGUACAAGACCGAGCCUGAAGGGCCCGGGAUGGACCCUGUGGCUCGACAUGGCAAGUCCGAGAAGGAAUUGAUGUCGCCAGGCCCGUGGCAUUGGACAAGGGGGGCACGAGUUGACCCAUUCGAUUGUAUUCCUGGAUAUGAUCGUUAUGGUGCCUCGCUCGCCAUCGACUUUCUGGCGUCAAUCAACGAAGCCUUCAACGUCGUCAAUGUCUACGGGCAGUGGGUCCUCGAGAAUAUGGCCAAAUACGAGGACUUCUUCCACGUCAUCCUCGGCCUGACCAAAGUGGCUCACACUGCCAUCGCGUGUCCCGGAUCUCUCUUGCCACAAGAUGCCUUUGUCCAUGCGGGACAGGCCAUGUCCAAGCUGAGAGCCAGGCUGGCGAGACCCAACGCCCGGGCCGACGACGGUGCCAUUCUGACGAUCCUGUACCUGGCCAUGUUCGAGCGAGGGCUAGGAAACGACGCGGCCUUCAAGGCCCAUCGCGCCCAGGUCGACCAAAUGGUGGCGUCGCGAGGCGGCGUCGACUGCCUGGGGGUGGACAGUUCAGCUCGGGCGACCUUGACAGUACUCCUCUCCCUCUCCGGCGACCAGCCGGCCGACUCACCGACCAGCGAACCUGCCACCGAGAAGUUGUUGGUGAUACGACAAGCGCCCCGGUUCCGGUUCGACGACGACGUCAAGAUCAUCGACAAGCUGCCGUGCGGGUUCCGCAACCUCGCCCGGGCGGGGGUCCUCUCGUCCGAGACGCUCCAGAUCAUCCACAGGAUCAGCGUCAAGCAGGACUGGAGCCCGCAGGAUGCGACGUACCGCGAAAAGCAAGGGAAGGAGCGCACCAAGGUCUACCGCCCCGUGGCGGGCCAGGCGUGGAAUUUCUGGGACGCGUGCACGGCGUUCCGCACGCCCGACGGGCCCGGGGGUCCGUCGCUGGAGAAGAUGAUCUGCCUCGCCCUGUUCCGCUACUGCGCCAACCGGGCCAACCGCCUCCGGCCCAAGGCGUGCAUCUACCACUCGGCCACGACGCAGCUGACGGCCCGGCUGCCCACGUUCCGGGUCUCCAGCGCCCGCACCGAGCGCGACUGUUUGAUCUGGAUCUGGCUCGUCGCCAUCGACUCGUGGGCCAUGGCCCAGAACUCGCCCGAGCUGUCGGCCGACGGCGCCCGGCUGCUGGCCAAGAUGCGCGACACCCUGCCGGAGCUGCGCGACUGGGCCUGGUGGGACCUCGAGUGCCUGGGCCAGAAGUUCUUUUGGCGCGACGACCUGCGGGUGCUGUUGCGCGCGAACUGGGACGCACCUGAUUUGGCAGGAGAGUAUUAA